GCUGCGGGAGUCCCAGCGGGAUCGGCAGCCAGACCACGGCGGCGCGGCCGGUCGGGACUCUUCGGCAAUCGCCUUUGCGGGGCGCGCCGCCCACGGGGUCCUGGAUUUAGGUAGAAGUCUAUCUUGAUUUUUUGUGGCACUGGGAAUGUUCAUUUCCACCUUUCAGAACUUCAGAAACGUGGUAUAAAGAGAGUCCAAAAUCUUCCUCUGUCCUUCCCAGGACUUGCUUUCUGGACAUUCCAGGACUUGAUUUCCCGACAUAUCUGGGAGCCCAAAGCACUCCAUUAUGAACGUGACAAGUUUAUUCUCCUUUACCAGCCCAGCUGUGAAGAGGCUUCUGGGUUGGAAACAGGGGGAUGAAGAAGAAAAAUGGGCAGAGAAGGCUGUGGAUGCUCUGGUCAAAAAACUGAAGAAAAAGAAGGGUGCAAUGGAGGAAUUAGAAAAAGCUCUGAGCUGUCCAGGGCAGCCCAGCAACUGUGUCACCAUUCCCCGAUCACUGGAUGGCAGGCUGCAGGUCUCCCACCGCAAAGGGCUGCCGCAUGUCAUUUAUUGUCGCGUGUGGCGCUGGCCAGACCUUCAGAGCCACCAUGAACUGAAACCGCUGGAAUGCUGUGAGUUUCCCUUUGGCUCCAAGCAGAAGGAGGUCUGCAUCAAUCCAUACCACUACAAACGGGUAGAAAGCCCCGUUCUUCCACCUGUGUUGGUUCCAAGACACAGUGAAUAUAACCCUCAGCACAGCCUGUUAGCUCAGUUCCGUAACUUGGGACAAAAUGAGCCUCACAUGCCACUCAAUGCCACCUUCCCAGACUCUUUCCAACAACCCAACAGCCACCCUUUCCCUCAUUCGCCUGGCAGCAGCUAUCCAAACUCCCCGGGAAGCAGCAGCAGCACCUAUCCGCACUCUCCUACCAGCUCAGAUCCGGGAAGUCCUUUUCAGAUGCCAGCGGAUACUCCUCCUCCUGCUUAUCUCCCUCCUGAAGACCCCAUGACCCAAGAUGGCUCACAGCCAAUGGAUACAAACAUGAUGGCUCCUCCCAUGCCUCCAGAAAUAACCAGAGGAGAUGUGCAAGCAGUCGCUUACGAGGAGCCAAAACACUGGUGCUCUAUUGUCUACUAUGAGCUCAACAACCGCGUGGGUGAAGCAUUCCAUGCCUCCUCCACAAGUGUGUUGGUGGAUGGUUUCACUGAUCCUUCCAACAACAAGAACCGGUUCUGCCUUGGGCUCCUCUCCAACGUUAACCGGAAUUCUACUAUUGAAAACACCAGACGGCACAUUGGCAAAGGUGUUCACCUGUAUUAUGUGGGAGGGGAAGUCUACGCGGAGUGCCUGAGUGACAGUAGCAUUUUUGUUCAGAGCCGCAACUGCAACUACCACCAUGGCUUUCACCCCACCACCGUGUGCAAGAUUCCCAGCGGCUGCAGCCUCAAGAUUUUUAACAACCAGGAGUUUGCCCAGUUGUUGGCCCAGUCAGUCAACCACGGCUUUGAGACGGUCUAUGAGCUCACAAAAAUGUGCACGAUCCGGAUGAGCUUUGUGAAGGGCUGGGGAGCAGAAUACCACCGGCAGGAUGUAACCAGCACUCCCUGCUGGAUCGAGAUCCAUCUGCAUGGUCCUCUCCAGUGGUUGGAUAAAGUUCUUACUCAGAUGGGCUCACCUCAUAAUCCCAUUUCAUCUGUGUCAUAAAUGCCCCCUUCCCCUCCCCAGGAUUCUGCCUCUUUUGGAACUCUUGAGCCUUGCAUGUACUUGAAGGAUGUAUGAGUCAGACACCUUUACAAACUGCCAACAGGCUGAAAAGGAGCCUUGGUAAUACUUGAUCUCUGUGACCAACUGUUGGAUUCAGAAACUAAAACCGUUGUAACAUACUGUCGGUAUCAAGAACUCAUUUCGUUUACAUUUUAACAUUCUCUUGUAAAGUCGACUGGAUGCAGAUCUUUCAGCGGGGUUUUGUGUAUCGCUCAAGAAGAAACGGCCAAAUGAGGGACAAUUCGUCCGAGGGACAAGUGUUCCUAAGAGAUCCAUUUGUAUUUGGCACUUUCAAGGGCAUCGUUUGGCAGGUGUUUAGCAUUAAGCCGUUAGUCUCUUUGAAGUGUGUGUUUUUUUUUUUUUUUUAAUCUGGUUGGGAGCCCAUGAUGACAGUCUCCUUUUUUUUAAUGGGCUUUUCAUGAUAAAUAAUUUUUUAAAAAACUAUUUGUUUAGUAAGAAUUCCUGGGUUCUUUUUUUUUUGUUUGUUUUGUUUGUUUUUUAAGUAAAGGUUAAUCUUGAUGAUAUAAUGUGUAAUAGUCUUUCUAAAAUUUGUGGGCUGACCACACUGCUGUCACAAUAAUGUUAGCAUCUGCUCUCUGCUAAAUGUGUAUGUACAGUGUAUUUGGAAGUUUAGAAUUGAUUAGACUAGAGGAUUUUAGGAGUAUUGGGGAUGGGGGGUGGGGGGAGGGGAAGGGAAUGUGACAACUGAAAAUGUAGACCAUACUGUAAACCCAGUUUCUUAGUUUAAAGAAACAAACUGAUGUCUGAACUCUUACUGUGCAUUUCAUUUAAUUUUUAUAGUAACUUUAUCCUAUUUUAAACCCCCCUUUUUUUGCAUUAUCCCUAAACGAGCAGUUAUGCAACUGAGUAAUCCAUGUUAUCUUUGAAAAAAAAUAACCAAUUACCAGUGUCAGGAAAUGGACUCUCCUUCAAAAUAUUGUACAUUGAACUUGGAUUGACUGAGCAUUUUUACAUAGUUUACAUUAACAAGUUGGCUUUAAUCUGUAAACGCAUUAUUUUUGCCAAACCUAAUCACUGUUUAAAUGUUUGGAGGAUUUAAAGGAACACCCCUGUUUUGAAUUCCUUUCAAACUUUAAAAUUAUUUUUAUUUUCAAGUUUUUUUUGUACUAUGUUUGGUUUUAUUUUUUUUUUCUGCUAAUCUUUUAUAUUCACUUAAGCUGUAGUACUUUCAGUACUUUUAUUCCAAAACUAGUGGGUCUUCUCUACUGGAAAUUUUCAAUAAACCUGUCAUUGCUUACUUUGAUUAAAA